AUGAACGGGUGUUCGGAUCAUCAGGCACAGCCUCAGUCGUCGAAUUAUUCCCGAUCUAAUCUUGAUGGGCCGUCAUCGGUCGUUCCCAACUCUCUCGUACAGACCAAAACGAUCCCCUGCUGGCGUGUUCCGACUAGGUGGGGCUUGCAGCACUUCUCGGCCGAUACGACUCCCUUGUCGGAUGUUUUCUUCUCCUUGAUGUGCUAUUGGCAUCACGUGGUAAAGUCAAAUUUCUCGUCACGAUUGUUAUCUUCAAUGCGCACCGCACCUUCCCGCGCCAUGUGCCGUAGGUGUACAGGCGUGUGGUGUACUGCUGCCGAAUUAGGCACUGACUGGUGCAGCGCCAAGAAGCAACGUCCACGACCGUGCCCGUUA